AUGUCGUGCAGGCAAUGGCUCUCUUCGGCCCUGCGCCAAUGCCGCAACACCUUCCCCGACAGCGCGCCAGGCUCGAGCUCAGGACCAGCCUUGCGCUCGCGCAACCGAGCUGCCGCGCGGUCGGGCAACAUCAACGAGGCGCUGCAGGUGAUGGUGGCGGACGGCCUCGAGCGGGGCGGGCAGCUCUCGGCGGAGGAGGAGCAGCAGGUGAUGGUGGACUCGCAGCGCGGGCUCGGCCAGCACCUCAAGGACCUGCGCAACCACGCGACGACGGACAACUACCUCCGGCAGAUGCCGCGGCGGUGGCGGACGGGCGACGUGUACGCGCCGCGGGACCUGAGUCCCACCGAGAUGAGCAAGUGGCGGCAGGGCAGGAAGCCGCUCAAGGACGUGAUCGAUGUGUUUGGCUUCAAUCCGCUGGAUAACUACAAGAAUUUCUCGCUCAUCUCCGAGUUCAUGACCCCGAUGGGCCGAAUUAAGCACUCGGCAGAGACCGGGCUGCGCCCGGUCAACCAGCGCAAGAUGGCCAAGGCGAUCCGGCGGGCCGUCGGCAUGGGCCUGCACCCCAGUGUUCACAGACACCCUGAGGUGCUGCGGAUGUCCAGACACAGCAUGCCGGUCUCCUCCAUCCCGCAGUCCUCGGAUUCAUCCCAGAGCCGGUUGUAG